AUGAACCAUCCACCGCAAGGAGUUGUUUAUGGCUACAGCGAGCUCACCUACGUGUCCAGCUGCGGCGCUGCCCCAUACAUUCAGCCACAGUCACAGCCGCCACCACCACCGCCUCCCCCACGGCCCCGCCUGAGCCCGUUCCGCAUCCUGGUCAGAGCCUUCAUCGCGGUCUGCACUGUCAUCGGCGUACUCGCGCUCCUCAUCUGGCUCAUCUACCGCCCCCGGACGAUCCAGGUCGCGGUCAGCACCGCGACGCUCGCCCGCUUCGACCUGAACUCCACGGCGAGCGCCCCGGUGCUGUCCUACAACCUCACCGCGCGCCUGGCCAUCUCGAACCCCAACGGGCGCGUGUCCAUCUACUACGAUGAGCUACAGGCGGUGGGGUUCUACCAGGCGGAGCGCUUCGGCCGGACCGCCCUGCCGGUAACGUUCCAGGGCACGAGGCACACCGACACGGUGCCGGCUGUGCUCGUGGGCAGCUCGCCCAUGGGCUUCGGGGACUCGGGCGUCGAUGCCUUCCGUGAUCACAGUAACAUGAAGCUGUUCCCCGUGGAUCUGUGGGUCGACGGGGUCGUGCGGUACAAGUUCGGCGAGCUGACGACCACCACGGCGAGCACGCUGUCGGUCAAGUGCCAUCUGGCGCUGCAGCUGAUGGUGGCAUCGGGUUGGGUCGAGUGCACUGUGAUCGACUUCUGA